AGCCACUCCCAAUGCGGAAGAGAAAUUUCUCUAAAUAGUUCUCAUGUGCGGAAGCAUUUCGUUUGAAAUGUGAUAAACCGGUUAAUCCUGACAGUCCGCUGUUAGCCUCUAGCGAGGACAGACACUAAUUUCUUUCCACAAAUGACACUGGACGAGGAAAUGGCAUUGCCAGAUGGCAAGAUUUCAUUUGUCAGCAACCUCAAUGGAACAACGCUGACAGAGGUUUCACUGGGAUCCCUGUUAGCUCCACUGUGUGUCCUGAGUAGAGGACUCUUCCUUAUAGUGUUCCACCUGGGAAAAGGGGUCCUUCCAUUGUCCCAAGGAGUCCAUCUACAAUUGGACUUCAUGACACUGAUAAUUCCUUUGGUCCUGUCAUGUACCAUACUUUGCGACAUUCUUCACUUUGUAAUCAUGGGUCUGGCUCUAGUGGAUUUUGCUGUCCUGUACUUUGUGUACAACAACAGAAGGCGACCAUCUCAGGGUUCACACAAGAGUACGAUUGACAAGUUUCUACAAACAAGAGUAGAAUCUAAUCAGGUCCCAUUUGUAACCGUCUUCCGGGUUCUGGUCAAUGUGAAGACAGCCAUAAGCAUUCUGGCCGUCGACUUCAGUGUGUUCCCCAGACGAUAUGCAAAGACAGAGAUGUAUGGCACGGGGGUCAUGGAUUUUGGUGUUGGAGCAUAUGUGAUGGCCAAUGCACUAGUGUGUCCUGAAGCGAGAGGAAAGAAUAUUCAAGGAUCAAAAUUUAGCCAUGUGUUAAAGCAGUUUAUGUCUGUAUGGCCCCUGGUGCUUUUGGGGUUGGUGAGACUGGCGAGCAUCAAGUCAACUGGCUACCACGAGCAUGUGACCGAGUAUGGAGUUCACUGGAACUUUUUCUUCACGUUAGCUAUUGUUAGAGUGGUGGCAUCUGUGCUUUUAGCCAUUUUUCCUGUAAAUGUCUACUGGCUUCUUGCUCUCCUCCUUAGUGGAAUUUACCAGGUUUUCUUGCAGACAACAGAGCUUAAAAAUUUUCUCAUCCACAAUGAUGACCGUACAGGCUUUCUGCAGGCCAACAGGGAGGGUAUCUUCUCAGUUGUGGGUUACAUAGCCAUCUAUAUGGCUGGGGUUCAGGCUGGGCUAUACCUGAUGCAGAGCAGAACAUUAGUUAAGGACUGGAUCAAAGUGAUUCGUAACCUUCUGUUAACCUGCUUUGGGUUAUUUAUCACCUUGCACAUUUGCCAGACAUAUAUAGAGCCAGUGUCACGCAGAAUGGCCAACCUUUCUUUCUGUGUUUGGACUGUAGCUCAAUCCAUGUUAUUUAUUUCUUGCUUAAGCAUUGCUGAUGGACUUUUGCUUUAUUCUAAAGUGAUCUCUAAUGUUUCUCUUGUAGCUUCAUCAUGGACUCCUUGUACAAAUAAGAAGUCAGUAAAUUCAUCAACACAUGACAAGAUUAGACAAAAUUUAGAUGCAUUGUGUCUCGUACAAUCUGUAAACCGGAAUCAGUUAUUAUAUUUUCUGCUUGCAAAUAUUAUGACUGGUUUGACCAAUGUUUUAGUGGACACUCUAAACAGCAGUGAUGUCAUAGCUGUAAGUGUUUUGUUGAUGUAUAUGUUCAUAAAUAGCUUAGUCAUAUUUAUAAUGCAUAUUAAUAAAAUAACUAUUAAGUUCUGGUAAUACAUUGA